CAACGCCGGUAGACGCAAUGAAGAGAAGUAAGUAUUCAUGUUUUUCAUAAAUAUGCCAAGUCAAUGAGAAAUAUAUCGACUUCACGUGGUGGUAGUGUAGCGGGGUAUUCCGACCCUGACACUGGAGAAAUCCCCGCGGCUUGCCGUCUUCACUCGGCUCUAUCUCCGGACCCCACUAUUAUUCCCCGGAGCUCCAGAGUCGCUUCUUUAAAAGCGCUGCCCGUCAAAAAUUUCUCCCUCUCUACAAUACAAGACAGCAUAUCACUUUGCCAUGGCUGAAAACGUGCUGGACGACAUCUCCCACCGCAGAUACAACCCUCUGCGGGGUUCCUACAUCUUGGUGUCUCCCCACCGAACCAAGAGACCCUGGCAAGGACAGCAGGAGAGCCCCUCCAAGAACACCCUCCCCAACUACGAUCCUAGCUGCUACCUGUGCCCCGGCAACAAGCGCGCCCAGGGCGACUCCAACCCCAAGUACGAGAGCACCUUUAUCUUCGUGAACGACUACAGCGCCGUCAAGGAGGAGCAGGCACCUUACAACCCGGAUGAUGCCGGUGACCUCGAGUCCAUGUUCCUAAGAGCAGAACCGGUUACCGGAAAAUGUUACGUCCUUACCUUCUCCGCAGCGCAUAACCUCACCCUGGCCGAUCUGUCGCCCGCGGAAAUCGCCCCCGUCAUCGAAGCCUGGACCGAGCUCUACACGUCGCACCUCUCGCCCAAGUCGCCGCUGGCUGCCAUCGCCCCGGCCACCACGCUGCCUCCCAACUCGCCUACAACCAACUUGACCAAACCCAAGGAACAAUACCGGUAUAUGCAGAUAUUUGAGAACAAAGGCGCUGCGAUGGGCUGCUCGAACCCACACCCGCACGGACAAGUCUGGACAACCAGCUCGCUGCCGGAAGAACCCGCGAUGGAACUGGAGCAGUUGCAGAAGUACCGGCGCGAGCGCGGCGGUAAGCACAUGUUGGAGGACUAUGCGGCGCUGGAGAGCAAGAAGCAGGAGCGUGUGGUUUUCGAGAACGAAGCGUUCCUGGUGGUGUGUCCGUGGUGGGCGACAUGGCCGUUUGAGACUAUGAUUGUGAGCAAGAAGCAUAAGCGUGCGCUGGUGGAUCUGGACGUGAACGAGAAAGGCCAGUUGGCUGAGGCUAUUGCUGAGAUUACCCGGCGGUACGAUAACCUGUUCGAGACGAGCUUCCCGUACAGUAUGGGUAUUCACCAGGCGCCGCUUGAUGGUACGGAAGAGGAGGUUGAGGCGUCGUAUUUGCAUUUGCACUUUUAUCCGCCAUUGCUGCGGAGUGCUACCGUGCGGAAGUUCUUGGUCGGAUAUGAAAUGAUGGGCGAGCCGCAACGGGAUAUUACUCCCGAGCAAGCCGCUGCCAGGUUACGGAAUUGCGGAGGAGAGCUGUACAGGAGGAAGCUGGAUAGUUGAACUCGAUAGGAUAAACAAAUAUCAGUUAACACCAAUGGGUAUUAUAUCCUCCUCUUCUCAGUCAUCGUGGACCACGAUUAAGCAGCAAGAUACCCCUCCCUC